UACUUAAGCACCCUGUUUCUUGUGUGCCUGAUCAAUUUCCUGCCUCUUUGUCCAGUUGGACCAGAGUCCCAAAAAGGUCUCAGCUCAAAAUGUCCCAGGCGCAUGUGCCGGAGGCAGAGGAGGGUCGGUCCCAGAGAACCAGUGAUUACUACAGAGUUAAUGACGAUUUGCCAGCCAGGUUCAACCACCCAGGAUGGUUUCGGGGCUACAGAACGAAUGAGCCCCAUCCAAUGUACAGGACCACCAACCAGAUCUAUGGAAGCAAAGCGCCUACUGUACAUGAAAUGCCAACCUCCUUUAACAUUACCUCACAUGCAUUUUCGAAACAUCUUGGAAAGUGUGGCAUGUAUAGGAAUAACGGGCUCAACACCUACAUGGAGAAAAGUGAUGUGACUGGCAUAGAUAACCUUAUCACCUUCUACGACAGACUCAACUUUCACCCCAGUUACAAUGGCAGUGGCCCAUCCCACUGUGAAUAAUGUUUCAGCCAUGAUGUCUGCAGUAUGACACCUGUUCUUCAGUUUACUGUCUACUGCCUGAUUAAAAAAACCCCCAAAAACGAGCGAACAAUAGCAUUGACAUUUCCUUAAGAUUUCUGCUUCUCUCCUAAAUCAGCUCCUAAGACUCUCUUUGAAAGCAUGACUGGAAAUGGUGCACUCCUGCACUGAGUGAUGUUAAAUACACUUCCGUCUCCCACAUUAGCUUGCAGGAUGAUUCACCACAACAAACACAGGUUUCUGUUACAAUAAUAAUGCAUGCCAUUAAAGCAUCAUUAAGCUGCAA